GCUGCUGAAUCAGCUCUCAUGAUCCAAUUUGUUCUUUUAUCAACAGGGUGAAGUAAAAGGAGGAAAAACUCCAUUAAUCAUCAUCAUAAAGUAUUUCAUUUUCCCCCUCGAGUUCGCCUAUCUAUAUCUGGCAUGGUGGAGCCUUUCCUUGUCCCUCCUUUUAGAUCUGGUAUAGAGGGGUUAUAUCACAUUGAAAAGGAAUCAAUUCCAUUUCCCUUUUCUUGCAAUGGCAUCUCACAAGGUGCUUACUUUGUGCAUAAGAGAUCUUCUUAAACCUAAGGCCUUACGUAUCCUUAACCGUAGGCUUCCCUCGAGUGGCCAUUUUCAUUCAUUUUCAGGUUGUUUUCUGUCUCAUUCUCUGGUCUACUCUUGUUUACGGAACAGUCUUACUCCGUCUUUCUCUGUUCUUGCUCCCCCUCUGCACAAAUUCUGAGCAUGGGGGUUGCGGUAUCUAAACUUGCAAAGCGGUUUCUAAAGAAGAGCGCGCUGAGGAUACUGAUGGUGGGUCUUGAUGCUUCGGGCAAGACGACCAUCCUACACAAGCUGAAGUUAGGCGAAAUCGUCACGACGAUGCCAACCAUCGGUUUCAACGUAGAGACGGUAGAGUACAUGGAUGUCAAUUUUAAUGUUUGGGAUAUUGGAGGACAGGACAAGAUCCGGCCUCUGUGGAGACACUAUAUCCAGAACACACAAGGACUCAUCUUUGUGGUUGACAGCACUGACAGAGAGCGAAUCGGCGAAGCUCGCAGCGAGUUGCAUCAGAUCCUAAGUGAGAAGGAAUUGGGUGACGCAGCUCUUCUUGUAUUUGCCAACAAGCAAGACCUGCCAAACGCUAUGCACGUCACAGAAGUCGCUGACAAACUCGCCCUACAUUCAAUCGGUCAGCGUCGCUGGUAUAUACAGGGCACAUCUGCGACCUCUGGACAGGGACUCUACCAAGGCCUCGAUUGGCUGCAUAACAACAUCCCCGGCAAGGCCGUGUAGAAGGGUCUCUUGCUUGAUUCUUCAGCAGCAGAGAACGGAUUAACGAAUGGAAUCUACGCUUCAUCUUUCUCGAGCCAUGCACUCAGAACUACAGGCCAUCCUUUUUAGCAAACUGGACUUCCAAGACGUCAUCACACCUCAAAGUGUGAGUUUAGCAGAAGUAAGAAUCAAUUCUUUCUUCGGUUGGGGUCAUCGUAAUUGGGCCGUAGCGAUAGUUGUAAACUGUAUCCUGCGUUCUGUCUUGCAUAUGGUGGCAAACGAAUACCAAAAGUUCCAACAGUUCAAUGAAUGCCCAAAUAUUU